UUCAGUUUGGUGUACGUAGCAAUAACAAAAUGUAUAAAUAUUUGAAAGAGUCAGGCAUGACUGUGAAGACAUGUGCCAGAUCUAUGUCAUCCAUCCUUUUCUCAAAUAGUGUUCGUGAUAUCUUUGCUUCAUUAUCAUGGUCCCCACAUGCUUUUAGCUCAUUCCGCAGUAAUUCCCAUUGUAAUGGUUUCAAUGCUUCUUUUGCCUCUCACUUUUCACUUUUUUGUACAUCUGAGGUCGUGGGACAUCAGGAUGGGAGUUCAGAAAAGGGUACUCAUUUGAUCCAUCGAAAGAGUGAAGCUGAUGCCAUUUAUGAGAUUAUAUGUAAAAGCAAAGUCAGUGAUCAGAAUGAGUUGGGCAGGUUGUUGAAGGAGAGUGGGAUCUUCUUGUCUAAUCAAUUGGUCGAUGAGGUUUUGAGGAAGGCGAGGUUUGGUCAUUGUAAUGGAUUGCAAGUUUUGGAGUUCUUCUCUCUGGCAGGUCGAAGGAGAGGAUUCUUUCAUAGUGCUGAUUCUUAUGAUAACAUGCUUUACAUCUUGGGGAGGAUGAGGCAGUUUGACAAGUUGUGGGGCUUGUUGAAGGAGAUGCGUCGCAAGGACUGUUCCUUGAUCACGACAAGGACUAUGCAAGUGGUUCUUGCUAGGAUUGCCAAGGUGUGCUCUGUGAGGACUACAGUUGAGAGCUUCAAUAGGUUUAGGAAGUAUUAUCCUGGGGAAUUUGAUACGGACUGUUUCAAUGCCUUGAUUAGGACACUUUGCCAAGAAAAGAGAAUGGAUGAUGCUAGAAAUGUCUUCCACAACCUGAAGCAUGAGUUUCGGCCAAAUCUUCACACGUUUAACAUUCUCUUGUCUGGUUGGAAGACUGUAGAAGAGGCGGAGAGCUUCUUCAAAGAGAUGACUCAGCUGGGGUGCAGGCCGGAUAUAGUCUCAUACAACUGCUUGGUCGAUGUUUUGUGCAAGAACAAGGAAAUGGAGAAGGCUUACAAAACCCUAGCUGAAAUGAGGGAGAUGGAGAUCUACCCGGACUUGCUGACAUACACCAGUAUUGUUGGGGGCUUGGGGUUGGUUGGUCAGCCUGAUAAGGCUUGUGAUAUUCUCAAAGAAAUGCAGGAACAUGGUUGUGGUCCUGAUGCAGCUGCUUAUAAUGCUGCCAUACGGAAUUUUUGCAUUGCUAGAAGGCUAGGGGACGCUUAUACAUUACUUGAUGAAAUGGUAGAGAAGGGCGUGUCUCCAAAUGCUACAACUUAUAAUCUCUUCUUCCGGUGUUUCUAUUGGUCAAACAACUUGUCAAGUGCAUGGAUCUUGUACCAGAGGAUGAUGAGAACGGGAUUCCUACCUCAUAUCCAAUCAUGCAUGUUCCUCGUGAAAAUGUUUCGCAGGCAGGAGAAAGCAGAAAUGGGCCUCACACUUUGGAAUGACAUGAUCGAGAGGGGAUUUGGUUCUUGUAUCCUUGUCUCAGAUAUUUUGUUUGACAUGCUAUGUGAUCUUGGAAGGCUACUUGACUUGGAGAGGUGCUUCCUUCAAAUGCUUGACAUGGGUCUGAAGCCUAGUAAUGUCUCUUUCAAGAGAAUGAAGGUCCUCAUGGAACUAGCAAACCAUACAGAGGGACUUAGGAAACCAACUGAAAAAAUGGAGAGCUUGGGGCAACAGGCUUUUGCACAACUAUAAAUGGA